CUCCCGGAUUUCCUGUUCACCUCCUCCAUACGACUCAGCAUCGUCAAUCAGACAGAUCUCCAAUGGCCGCCUCCCGGGCUCCAUAUAUCUGUCUCCAAUGCCAAUCACGCCAUGGCCUGAGCCGUUCUCUACGGCGCAAUUUCACCUCCUCGUCGCGGCGGAGCGACGUGCCUCGACCGCCAACAGCACCGAAGCCAGUCCCAGACGUCAAGCACAUUCGCCAGAACGCAGAACUGUAUGCGAAGAAUUGCAUUGAGCGCAACUAUGCGUCCCAUGCAGAAUACCCAUCGCGGAUUCAACGGCUCUCCGAUGAAACACGACGACUCGAUCACGAUCUCCAAGCGCCCAGAUCCCGAAUCAAGCAGUUGGAAAAGUCAAUAGCGAAGCUUGCCCGCACCAUUGCGCAGGAUGGAGAGAAUAAAGAUCCCAGUGCGAGCAAGGAGCUAGCAGCGCUUCGUCAAGAAGCGCAGAAGCUCAAGGAGGAAUCCCAGACCAUGACGACGCAGAAGGAGGACUAUGUCGAUGAGAUCCAACGGCUGGCGCUAUCUCUACCGAAUCUGUCAUCCAGCGAAACACCUGUCGGGGAUGACCCGAAGCUGGUUUCUUAUAUUAACUAUGACCCAGCAUCUCCUCCAUCGUGGGUGAACAAACGCGAAUCGUCCCGUUCUCACGUCGAUAUCGGAUCCGACCUUGGUCUUAUUGAUUUCACCAGCUCUGCGACUUCGACGGGCUGGGGAUGGUACUUCCUCACGAACGAAGGCGCUCUGCUCGAACAUGCAUUGGUACAAUACGCACUGAGUGUCGCUCGUCGUCGUGGCUGGCGAGUUGUGUCCCCACCAUCCAUCGUUUACUCCUACAUCGCCGAAGCAUGCGGAUUCCAACCUCGCGACCAGAACAAUGAGCAGCAGAUCUGGGCUAUCGAACAAAGUGAGAAGGACAAGAGCAAGCCGCAGCGUUCGCUCACUGCUACGGCGGAGAUCCCUCUCGCGGCGAUGUACGCUGGGCGUGACAUUGACGCAUCGGAAUUGCCCAUCAAGCUGGUAGGCGCGAGUCGAUGCUAUCGCGCUGAGGCUGGAGCCCGCGGUGUCGACACCAAGGGACUCUAUCGCGUCCAUGAGUUCACAAAAGUAGAACUCUUCGGUUGGGCAGACAACAUCCCCGAGACUACAACUGCAUCGUCCCCCACUGCUUCCUCCGAGACCCUCUUCUCCGAACUCCUCGACAUCCAGACCGAGAUCCUGACCUCCCUGGGCCUCCCCUGCCGCAUUCUUGAGAUGCCCAGCACCGACCUAGGCGCCAGCGCCAACCGCAAGCGCGAUAUUGAAGCACUCUUCCCAUCUCGAUUCCGGAACUCCGAUCUCGAAACUGCCUGGGGAGAAGUGACAUCUGCCUCUAUCUGCACGGACUACCAGAGUCGACGACUGGGAACAAGAGCCCGGGGAGGCGCGAUCAAGGAGGCGCGAUUCCCGCACACGGUCAAUGGAACUGCAAUGGCGGUGCCGCGUGUGAUUGCAGCUAUUCUGGAGAAUGGAUGGGAUGCGGAGAACGGAGUUGUCGUCAUUCCAGAGGUUCUGAGGACAUUCAUGGGCGGAAUUGAAACUAUUGGAGGAACUAAGGCGUGAGAGGAAUUAUUCUUCUCGGUCUCUAGCCUUAUGUACAUACAAAGGAGAGCAAAAAGGAGAUAAUGAGUAGUGUUCUGUACCAUAGCUAGAUGAUGUACAAUAUAAAAAUUCAACUCAGCAAUUGAAGUUACGCAAGUACAGGAUCUGCCCUCUCACGGAGGCACUCCCAGCUCGGUCCAUAAAAUGGACAGUA